AGCAGCUUCGCGAGGUCUGUGACCCAGGCUGUGGGCUUGCGCGCCCCGCCCGCUCCAGCCGUCAGCUUGUGCGUGUGUGUGUGCGCGCGCGCGCGUGCCUGGGCCGAGGCUGGAGAGGAAACAGCCGGUCCAGCCCGGGAGGAGGAAGGAGCCUCCCCUUCCUCGCCAGCCCCCUCCCCACUUCCCGUCCGGCUCGGCCGUUAGCUUCCCCGGACGCGGGCCUCGGUGCACAGAGCCCUCUGGCCGCAGCGGAGCUGGAGAAGGCGGAGGCGGAGCGGGAGGAGCCGGCGGGGCGCAUGCUGGGCGGGGGGCCCCAGGGCGCCCCGGCCGGUGGCGGCAGGGGCCACCGCGCAGGCAGCCAAGAUCGCUCACCACCUGCAGCAUGUUUUCGGAGGAGGCGGCUGGCACGGAGGCCGGGCUACAUGAGAAGCGCAGCUGGGCCCAGGAUCGGGUUCCUCUCCUCGCCAGUGGGCGCUCUGUUCCGGGCCCAGGGUGGGGCAUGCGGCGAAGAGUCUCAGCGCCCUGAGUCCAGGGCCGGCCCGUGUGGCCUUGACCCUGGAGGCCAGUGGCGAGGUCGCUCAGUUGGGAGCCUCAUUCCCAGGAGCAUGGCUGCCUCAGCUCUGGCCUCCGUGGGGCAUCGAGGACCGGCUCUGACGGCCGUGAGAGGAAGUCCAGGGCUCCUUGGGGCUCAGUCCCGAGCUGGCACUGCCCUGCCCCAUAGGCUCAGCAGGCUGUGUGGCCCCAGGGCCACUGGCUGUCGAGGGGAGUUGCCGUCCAUGGACACUCGCGAGGCCCCGAGCCCUUGCCAGGAAGCCUGGAACAGAGGCUGUCCAUCCCCGGAGGACGUGAGUGACACCAGCUGCAGCCUCGGGAGUGGCCCCCAGGCCCCCUCCAUCCCUGCCAGCUCUCAGGAUGUCUUUACCUCCAGCUUUAGUUUCAUUCGUCUCUCCUUGGGCUCUGCUGGGGAGCGGGGAGAAGCAGAAGGCUGCCCACCCUCCAGAGAGGCUGAGGGCCCUCAUCAGAGCCUGGAGGAGAUGGAGGCCAAGGCUGCCAGCUCAGAUGGGCCCCACGAUCAUCCUCGGCUCCUCUCUCUCCCCUUCACUCUCAAGGCUUCUCAGAGCCUGGCAGACACUUCCCAGACCUCGGGGGGCAGCCCUGGGCUGGAGUGCCAGACUCUUCCAUUGUUGGACACGGACGCUGCCUCCUCCUGCCCCCUGGAUCCCUUGUGGUUUGAGGCCAGCAGCCCCGGGGAUGCUCACCGGUGGGACCCCCUGCUCAGCAAAUGUGAGCCAGCGCUGCUGCACUGCCUGCAGGACCAGCGGAGACGGCUGGAGGUAAAAUCCUUAAGAUUAAAGCUUCAGAAACUUCAAGAUAAAGCGAUUGAAGAAGAUGAUUAUGAUAAGGCCGAGAUGAUCCAACAAAGAUUAGAAGCCCUGGAGAAGGAGAGAAGCAGCCUGCACUUUCAGCUUCCUUCACGACAGCCUGCCCUCAGCGGCCUCCUGGGCCACCUGGGGGCCCAGGCCCAGGCUUCCCUGCGCCGGGCAGCUCAGCGAGCUGGCGGUGACGACCCCCAAGCCCGGCUGAGAAUGGAUCCACAGAUGUCGGAAGCCGCUGCUCAGGACAGUUUGCGAGUGUCCAUCACCAGGCGAGACUGGCUUCUCCAAGAAAAGCAGCAGUUACAGAAAGAAAUUGAGACCCUCCAAGCCAGGAUGUCUGUUCUGGAAGCAAAAGAUCAACAGCUGAGACGGGAAAUAGAGGAGCAGGAGCGGCUUCUCCCGUGGCAGGGCUGCGACCUCGUGGGAGGACUGUCCCUGGGCGAGCUGCAGGAGGUCACCAAGACCUUGCAGGACACCCUGGCCUUGGCCGAGCAGAUUCCCCUCCGCGCAGAGCCACCUGAAACCAUCCGGAGCCUCCAGGAAAGGAUAAAGUCCCUCAGCUUGUCACUUAAAGAAAUCACUGCUAAGGUGUGUAUGAGUGAAAGACUCUGCAGUGCCCUGAGAAAGAAGGUUAACGAUAUUGAAACCCAACUGCCAGCGUUGUUUGAAGCCAAAAUGCUUGCCAUCUCAGGAAGCCAUUUCUGUACAGCCAAGGAGCUGACGGAGGAGAUCAGAUCUUUGACAUUGGAGAGGGAAGGGCUGGAGGGACUUCUCCACAAGCUGUUGGUACUGAGCUCCAGGAACGUCCAAAAGCUGGGAAGUGUGAAAGAAGCUUACAGCAGACUCAGGCAAGAACUGGACCAGGGGAGAACUGCCUAUGAAACCAGUGUGAAGGUGAAUACUAUGAAGUACAUGGAAAUGCUUGAGGAGAAACUGCACAGCUGCAAGUGUCCGCUGCUUGGAAGAGUGUGGGAAGCUGACUUGGAAGCUUGUCGGUUGCUUAUCCAGAGCUUGCAGCUCCAGGAAGCCAGGGGCAGCCUGUUUGCAGAUGAGACACAGACGGAUGACUUAGGGGGAGGUGCUUAUACAGUGGCUCUGUCCAACCCCCUGAGGUCCCACCCUGAAGAUGAAAGGAAGACCCCUUUGCACACCUUUGAAGAGUGGAUGGUGCACCUGACUCCCUCUCCUCACUGUGCUAGCAGUGAACAGAAAGAGGAAUCCUACAUCUUUUCGGCAGAACUUGGAGAAAAAUGUGAAACUAUAGGCAAGAAACUAUUGUACUUAGAAGAUCAACUACACAUGGCAAUCCACAGUCAUGAUGAAGAUCUCAUUCAGUCUCUCAAGGGGGAGCUCCAGAUGGUGAAGGAAACUCUCCAGGCCAUGGCCCUGCAGCUCCAGCCAGCAAAGGAGGCAGGGGAGAGGGAGGCUGCAGCUUCAUGUGUGACAGCUGGCGUCCAGGAAGCACAGGCCUGAGGCCUGACAGGACGGAGGAAGGAUUAGUGAUGCUCCUGUCUUCAUUCGGAUCCAUGGACAGUAGACAAUCUUUGUCAUUUCCUGAAGUCACACUGCCAUUUCCGAAGGCAGCUGGUGCCUUGCUCAGCCUUCUCCCGUGCAGUGCUUCCGUCAGGAGAUGGCCCUGCUUAAGCCAGCAGGUGGCCACGGUCCAGGGAACAAGCCAAAGCACAGCAUAUGAAUUUCCUGAUUGUAUUUUCUACAAUUUUCUGGUGAGCACUUAAAUAUCUAUACUAUGCAUAUUUUAGUAAGAAUAUAAUUAGUUUGUUCUAGGAAUGCUUUUCAGUGUUUUUCAAUGAUGGAGUGAAUUCUGAAUUAUUUAUCAUGUCUGAGCAAUAUUAUGUACUAGUCACAUGGCACAUGGAAUUCCUGAAUCCUUGAAUUAAUUCCACUGAAGCAAAACUUGUAGAGUCAGAAUUGUCUCUAAUGAAUCCCUACUUUGAGAAGUGUCAUCUUAAAAAACCCCACGAGACAUUUUAGCAGUCACCUAACGCAAGUGUUUUGUAUUACUCAGGUACCAUCAUGAAUAAUUCUGUGAGGUUAUGAUGUAUCUGAAAAUUCUGGAAGCUAAUGACUAUCUGAGUGUGCCCCAAAUAAGUGUUCUCCAGUGUCCCAGUGGGCAGGAUAUCCAUCUCCUUGUUGAGAUGCCAGAUCAAGGUGGGUGAAUGAUGCUUCAACCACCUGCUGCAGCUCAUCCCUAGUCUGUGCUGGUGUCAGAGGCAGCCAGGAAGCCUGCACAAGGCCAGGGUGUUUCUUCUGCCCACACGACCUUCUCACGCCCCCUCUUCAGCUACAGUGACCCCAAAAAUCCCAGGGCUUUAUAUCUGAAACCAUAAUAGAGGGCAGUUUCUGUCAGGGCAACAUAAGAGGAGAUUAGAGCUUGAAUUUAAAAGCCACAAAGCAAUAACAAUAAAAAUCUAAGCUUUUAUGGAGACAGUCAGGACCACAAGCACAAGUGCAGGUGGGAUAUGAUGGCUUUGGGUCUGAUUCCAUGGCAGCAUGCGAGAGAACCAGUGAUAGAUUCCAUGGUAGCCUGCACUGAGCUUCUGGCAUCUGAACGCCAGCCCAUUGUCUCUACCAGCCCGAGCUGGGGCGUGUCCUCCGUCAGUGACUUUCCCGGUUCCCUCUAACUUCUUGACAUUUCAACAUCAAAAUGAUCUUCCUCAAAUCAGAUGAACAUGUUCUAAUAGAAACUAUUCUUCCUGUGUGGUAGGGGUGGAUUCCCCACCACAGGAGCAUGGAGGUGCUCACAUGUGUGUGUUGGGACUGUUCCAACACCUUUAUAAUCAUUAUCAUCUUAAUUCUUAGUCCAACCUUAUGGGGCAGGUGUUUGUAGUUGAGGAAAUUGAACCUCGGGAGACUGAUGAACAUUACCCACAGCACAGAGCAGGUGAAUGGGGGCCAGAAGCAACAACUAGACUGCUGAAGACAGGUAGACCACUCCUACCUGUGUUCUUACUGAAGUGCUUUUAGUGUCUUUAGAGGACUGCAAGCCUAGAGCUUACUUGUUCCCUUGAGAACAGAUGGUCAUCUUGGAACUCCUGCUUGAGAAUCAGAGAACUGAGCCUAGGGAAAGCCUGGCCCCUCACACCCCGAGCUGAGCCUCACUGCACUGUGACUGUGAAGUCUAGACUCAGGCUUCAAGGACCCACCAUCCGCCACUGUCCUAAUCCACCAUUCAUUCCCCAUCCCCUAUAAAGUCAUGCCAGGAACAACCACCUACUCCCUGACAAUAGGCAGAUUUUCUUGAAAAUGUCCAUCUAAUCGGUGUUUUUCAGAAAACAUUAGAGAAAGCAGCUUUACACUCAUUGUCUAAUGGCUUACAUUAAGAAAUAAUUUGAUGCUCUAAUAUCGAAUACCCUCAUCUUAUCUAAUCUUUGAAUUUUGUCAUGUAAUUUAUUAUUUCAUAAAAUUUACUUUUUAUAUGUUAAACUAAAAAUGUUACCCAAGUCAUUGGUGCGCGUUUAACAUUUUUUUUUUAUCUUCUGGAGUAUGGAGGAUAGAAAAAUGUAUCAGCUUUACUUUUCUCAUCUUUCUGUUAUAGGAUGAGUCAUGUAUUUACAUUGCACAAAAUGUUUCUA